GGUUUCUGGUGGGUCCCCAGUUCGGCCUAGCGCUGCGUCACCAUGCUCCGGGGGAGACGCGGAAACCGGGUGGGCGCCCUGGAGGAGGGGGCGCCCGUCGGGUCCCCGGAGAACCCAAAGGUGGCUACUGAACCCGAGCGGGUUCUGCUCCGUGGCAUCUUCGAGAUCGGGAGGGAAAGCUGCGAUGUGGCGCUGGGCGAGCGGGCCCUGCGGUGGCAACGCAUCCAGCCCGAGCUCCCGGCUGGUGGUGCCAGGUGUGAUCUACAGGGCAAAGAAGAGUCCCUAGAGCUUGAAGACAUAUUCUCUGUGAGGCUGAAGCGGCGCUGCUCUGCCAAGCACCCAGGCAGCGGCACACUGCUGGGCAUCACACUUUUCGUCUGCUUGAAGGAGCAACAGAACAAACUAAAGGACUCCACGCUGGAUCUUAUGAACUCCAGUGAAGACCACUGUGACAUAUGGUUUAGACAGUUCAAGAAAAUCCUGCAAGGUUUCACAAGCAGGCCAAAGGCUCUCAAGAUCCUCCUCAACCCUCAGAGUCACAGAAAGGAAUCUGUACAAGUCUAUUACGAGAAGGUGGAGCCUCUGCUGAAGCUGGCUGGGAUAAAGACUGAUGUGACGAUGACAGAAUAUGAAGGGCAUGCCCUAUCCCUGCUUGGUGAAUGUGAACUCCGGGGAUUUGAUGGUGUGGUCUGUGUUGGUGGAGAUGGGUCUGCGAGUGAAGCCGCCCACGCUCUGCUCCUCAGAGCACAGAAGAACGCUGGGGUGGAGAUGGACUGCGUUGGGGCUUUGGUUGGCGCAGAGCUUCCGCUUGGCUUAAUUCCAGCAGGAUCUACUAAUGUAUUGGCACAUUCUCUCUUUGGAACUCCUCACGUGGUGACUGCAACCAUGCACAUUAUACUGGGUCACGUACAGUCAGUGGAUGUCUGCACCUUUACCUCUGCUGGCAAGCUUCUUCGCUUUGGGUUCUCGGCCAUGUUCGGCUUUGGUGGAAGGACCUUGGCUCUGGCAGAGAAAUACCGAUGGAUGUCCCCUAGUCAGCGGAGAGACUUUGCUGUAAUCAAAGCAUUGGCCAAACUUAAGCCAGAGGAUUGCAAAAUAUCAUUUGUACUGGCAGGUUGUUCUCAGAAUGAACAAGAAAGGAAAGCACAGAGAUCUUCAGAAUCUGACUGUGGUGGUCACUGGCAAACCAUCCAAGGGCAGUUCUUGAACAUCAGUAUCAUGGCAAUCCCCUGUCUGUGUUCAGUGGCACCCAGAGGUUUUGCACCAGACACCAGAUUAAAUAAUGGAAGCAUGGCUCUCAUAGUUGUACGGAACACCACUCGACCAGAAUUUGUAAAGCACCUGAAAAGAUACUCCAGUGUAAAAAAUCAGUUCAAUUUUCCAUUUGUGGAGACUUAUACCAUUGAAGAAGUAAAAAUUCAUCCAAAGAGUAAUAGCAAUGGAUACAGCCCACAGGAGGAGGGUGGAAACCACACAACUGUUUCAGAAAAUGGGUUUCCUUGGAAUGUAGAUGGUGAUUUAAUGGAAGCGGCAUCAGAGGUUCACAUUAGGCUGCACCCAAGACUGAUCAGGCUCUAUGGAGGAAACCUGGAAGAAAUGAAUGACUGCAAAGUAGCAUGUAAUUGCAUAUGAAAGAAGAAUGCAAAGUAGAAAUUUAUAAUGAAGGAAUCUGGCAU